UGCUAAAUGCACUCAGCCUCCCGCGAGGGGGCGCUGUUCUAGCUGAGCACACAGCCCGCAGCCUCAUCGAUAUAAUCGAAGCCUGCCAAUCACGUUACGUGUGCAUAGCCAGUGUUCGAGAGGAACUGCUUACCAGUGUCAGACACUGGCUGCUGUGGCACCGAUGCCCUGCAGCCGCCAUGUUGGAUGCGAUGACACGUACGUCUCUCGGGGAUGAGGCGAUAAUGAAGAAAAGAGAUCGAGAGUAACGGGACUUUCCAUGUCCCUGCAAGUACAGCGCGGCCAGCAGCAGUGGCAGCGGGCUGCAGCAGCAGCAGCAGCAGCAGCAGCAGCAGCGGUGACGACACAGCAACAGCAGCUGGCACGGCACGGCGCGGUCGGGCCGGCACGGAAGCAACAGCAGCUUGGCGUCUGACGAACAAAGCAGGCGGCCAGAGAUCCUCGUGUCGUAUGUCUGUCCAGCUCCACCGUGCUUCCCUCGUAUUGCCGAGGCGUUGUUGCUGCCGGCGGUAAGAGACGACGAGAGAGGGAGAGAAGCUGACUGCGGGCAGGUAAAGAUGCUCACCUGUCGGCAGGCCAAGAGGCAGGCAUGCUGAAGUGCAGGAGAAAAUUCAGUGCAACUGUCCUCAAGCUGGUGAUUGGUUAGUGGAGGCCAGGGCUCCAGCCCUCGCACUUUCCGAUUCUAGACUGGCAGUCUCUGUCUUACAUGUCGUCGGUAACAUCAAAGACUGGCGAGCUUACAGCCCGAAUGUUUCGUACCUGAGACUUUCAGUGAUAAAAGUGAAAGGAGGGGGAGCAAGGCGUGCCUGCAAGUUUGUGCGAGUAAACAACCCAGUCCUGCGUGUGAUUUGCUAGGGAAAUUGCAAUAGUAUUGCCAGCAACAGUAAUCAGUUGCUACACAGGCAGUUGGAUUCACGUUUGCUGGCAAUUUUCGUAAAAAAAAAUUAACAAAAGAUCUUUCCAGCUUACCCGCUCAAAAGCGGUCUGCCUUACAAUCUCCACGGCUUGCUUCUCAAGCCAGUUGCAUAAGCAAAGCCACGUGAACGGCUGUGGUCGGCGUCAUUCUCGUCUUCAGUCUCAUCACACAGCAGACGGACGUUUGAGGUGGGGGACCUUACAAGCACCAGGAGACAGGACUUACUCCCCUCCUCCCGUCCUCGUGGAGCCAGCGACUGGUGACCACGACCACCGCCCACCCGGCAUACUGCCAAGAUGCCGAUCUCGGAACUCUACGUGUCCAACCGGCGCAUGCGGAUAGAGGUGACCACCCGCCGCCUGCCUCACACCAACCCUGACAUGGACGUUUCGCCUCGCCUCCCAUCGUUCAGCCAGGCUUCAGCGGCUGGUCCCUUGUCCAAAGCGCGCAUCACAUCUGCUUCUUGGACCUCUGUGCAGGGCGGCCAGGACGGGGCUGAUGUGGGCUUUGUGGGGGACCUGGACUCGCCUCUCGUCGCCAAAGUCCGCACGGCGUCCGGUCACUGCCGCCUGCCCAGCACUGACAGCGGCAUCCAGGCCGACGCGGGCUGGGACUCGCUCAAACGGCCCGGGCACAGCAGCAGGACGGCGCUGGAUGUAGGAGCUGUCGCUGGUGGUGUACCCUCCGUCAGGACUGUGGCAGGGGACCGGAGGUGGGGGAGAGGACCUGAAGGUGAGGGCGAAGGCGGAGCAACAGGAUCAGCAGUUUCAAGCAAAGAAACAAAACAGGAUGCCGUCAAGACGCCCUCGUCUACCUCCGCUACCAUUUCUCUCGUUGCGUCUUCUCCCAUACACGUCGCACAUCACGAGACCACAGUCUUAACACCAGCGUCCAAGCUGUCCUCCUUGUCUAGUGACAGUAGCCACGUCAGUAAAGCGGUAGAGAGCAUAAACGGUCGUGGUGUUUCGAGCGACCAAUCAUUUGUGCCUGUUCCUUCUCCACGGAGGGUGAUGAGUCCAGACAGGAACGCGGGGCGUUUGAACCUCGUGUCAGCCUCCACCCCGGUAAUACCCUCUCCCUCUCCCCAAGGCACAGGUUCCCAGUCAAGCCAGUGGGUGAUGGGAGGCAGAAACCUAUUCCCAUCUCAGUCUAGAACAUCUCUUGACAUUAGUCCUCCCCGCACAGCCAGCAACGACGGAGUGCUUCGUGUUACUCAGCCAGGCAGCCCACCCAUCCAAAAUGUACCUCAGUCUGUACCCCUUCUGCUUCAUCCCGUACAAGUGCAGCACCUUCAUGCGCCCUCGUCCGCCUACCACCAUGGGCGGCCUAGGGUCAACCCAGUGACCACACGUUUCUUGGGGACUGUUGCCCACCCUGUGCACAAGUUACACAUCGAGGUGGUGGAAAACACAGAGUCUGGAACUGUCGUUAUCAAAGAAGGGUCCUCCUUGCAAGAGGCGUCCAUGAACCCUUCACUGGCCAGCAUCAAGAAUCUGGCCGGGGGGCUCCCCAGAAGUGUAAUCUCUCCCACACCCGCGAGAAGGUCGUGUAAGGGCAGAUCCCCCAAACUGCCUCCCAAACACCAGAGUGGCGUUGUGCAUAACAUCCCCAUCAAACACCUGGACACGUGCAGCGCGUGUUUGAAGCCAGAGCCCAUCAAAAACGACUUGGCUAACGGAGGACCAGCUAGACGCCCCUUGGUGGUGGGCGGCAAUGCCAGCGAGAUCUCCUUCAACAACAACCAGGACUCGACUGGCGUUGGCCAGGAGCGGGAGCCGGGGAGAGUCAUCCUCAAGAUGGUGGAGAAGGAGACAGCUGGUGAGGUGCUGGACCCGAUGCUGAAGUCGGCCAAUGGUCAACCACCCAGACUGGACAGUCGCAACGAUGUGCCAUGGAGCGAGCGGCGAUCUCGAAUCGACUCUGCCUUGUCCUGGCUACGUAAUGAGCUGGAGUCAUUGCGCGCCAUGGACGCAACCUUAGUGACGCAGUUCCGGCGUUGCCAGGAGACCAUCGAGACGCUCAAACAGCAGCGGGAUGCGGUCUGGGACGGAGAGGGCAGCGACUGGGGAUGGGGGUACGGCUGUGGUGGCGAUGGCAGCGAGUUUGAUGAGGACGAAGAAGCAUGGGAGGACUGGGAGAUCGCAGAGUUUGAGAAAAAGUGGGCAGAAGACCCUAACGCCAAGGAGAUCGACAUCAUCCUGCCACCUACCAAAACCACUUCACCAUCCGGUGUCUCGUGUGCCACAGAACUGAACACAACGACCGCCAGCAGCGACACCACCAACAAUCAAAGUGACUCCUCACCCGUUAUCAAGCAAGAUGUGGAAGUGACUGUGUAGUCGAGCAGGCUGUGAAGGUGACUGUCUAGUGCUCCACCAUAUUGGUGGGAGGGGAGGGCCGCGGCGAGUUACUUGCUGCCUUGCUGCCUUGCUGCUCACUGCCCGCAGCAACUGAACAGGAGCUUCUUGCAAAGCUGCUUGAACAUACACGGGUCAGGAUACCUUCGUAUUUGUCCAUCGCUAGGCAGUCUCAAUAUUAGUGCACAAAGAUAACUGUGCACUAGGUAUCUAUGACUUUGGUGGCUUUUCGUUAUUUGGAUUCUUGGAUCUGCACAAACAAAUCGGUACAAAUAGACAAAGGAGAAAACAAGUUCAAAGAGAAAAUAAAUGUUCAGGGCUCUUCGUUGUUUCACCAGAGGAGAAAGGGGAGGAUAGAGCAGGAGGUAGGCAAAGGGAGACAAGUGGUUGUCGCCCAGAGCAUCAUGUGAGAGGUACCUGUGGGGACGGAGAGAAUAUGCUUCUAGCAGUUCUAGCAGAGAGAAACAGUUUCUAGCCAAAGCCUCUUAUCUUUAGGACCUGCAGAUUUACCAUGCUAUUAGACAGCAGUCUCAAGGAACAUCUGCAACAGCUCCAUUCUGUGGUUAAAGUAAAUAUCUGUGCUCGCUGUGACUGGGCUGCGAAAGUUGCGAACAAUCACACCAGGUGUUGAGAGGGCAAAGGGAAGACAAAAGAAGUUCAAUGUACAUGUGUGCUCGCCCGAAAGAGAAAGAGAGAGCGUAUAUGCAUGUAUGCGUGCGUAUGUGAGCGAGGUAGAGGGCGUUUACGUGUGUGUAUGUAUGCGUGUGUACAUAUGUGCUUGUAUGCUGGCGCGCGCGCGUUUUUUUAAUCACUUCACGUAAAAAAAUGUUCCAUUAAUUUUUGAUAUUUUGUUCCCUGAGUUCGUUAGAGCUAGCCUUCAAUGUACCUCAGUUCACAAUAAGUAUGCUAACAUUGCCUCUGUGAGUUUCAUUAAAAGCCGUCAUUCGAUAAUGUCUAAUCCAGUCAUCGCUGCAGAGUAAUUUACGCAACUUUCAGACAUCAUGGCAUGCUUCCAAUCCUUAUCUUUAUUUUUUUUUUGGGGGGAAACAAAACUUUAGGCAAAACGUUUUCUAUGUAAGUGAAUUGAAUGUGCGGGUCACGAGGAACAUCACGAUUACGCAUAGAAGGCAGAAGGUACAGCUAUAGUCCCCAACAGUUUUUAUACCUGGUGAUGGGGAACCUUUAGAGAAAAUAAAUGAGCUAACAUCAAAACUCUGUUUAUUUUACUAAAUGUUAAUUGAUAAUAAAAAAAAAGGAGGGAGAGGUGGAGAGGAAGCAUUUGAUGUAUAUAAAUGCUCAUUAUUAUGGGACUUCUUAGCUGCUUCUCUCUCGCCAGGUGUGGCAAGUAAGGGAACUCACAAGAAAUCAUGAACUCGUCGGUGUGUGAUUGUCAAGAUGAGUACAGUGGUGGAGUGGAGGGAGGAGGGUGGAUCUUGAAGCUCUUCACUAUCCACUUGUGCUUCAUGCCUUGCUUGCUGCCCUGCAAGCUACUUCCCCGCCCCUCCUACUCCUUCUCCUGAAGAAAGGGUGCUGUCAUGCCAAAAUUACAAAAAUAAAAUUUAGACCUUAGAGAUUCCGUUACAAACCAAGCAAAAGCGGAACAAUGAUAUAUAUAUAUAAAGUCUUUGAAAGCUUUUGUAUUAAAAUUGAGACAUUUAAUGCUUACAGUGACGAUAAAUAAUUUUUGAACUCUUAUGUUUGAUUCCGCCAUGAAAAGUUCAAACGCAAUGGAAGCUAAUAAGUGGAGUAUUUGUAUAUGAUGUUGUUCUGAUAUUCCAGACCCUGCUGUGGUAUGCCGAAGUCUACAUGUCGCUGACUGUUGGCGAUGUCUGUGCAAUAUACUAUGUUCAGUGCUAUAUGUUGUGAUUAUACUACAUGAACCCUUGUGUUAAUUGUCGAUUUGAGAACGUACAGGUUCAAUGAAGUUUUUUUGUGAACGAUUACAUUUCUGCUUGU